AAAGUGAUCGCAUGUCUAUUUGGGAGUCGGGAGUUGGCACGCCUCUUCAGUGACUUGAUCCAGAUACUUCAGGAAUAGAAACGCAGCUUUCUGUCUCAAAGAAAGCAAUCCGUUACCAUGUACGUUCUACUUCAACAUAUUCUUGUUAAAGAAACCAGCCGCUCGCCCCUGCUUUUCCCUAUUCCAACCUCCAGCUCGAGCGUCAUUGGAAAUUCGCCUUGAAUCCUCUUUCAUGUAUCUUAUGGACUCUCGAUGUAUCCCAGAUCUCUGCACGAAUUCAGAAGAGCAGUUUAUUCUCGGAGCUCUGUGUCAUACUAAGGAUAUACAGUACUUUCACCUUGGAGAUACACUUGCGCCAAUGACCCUCUCAGGCGUUAGCUCGCAACGUUCCGUCUCACGCCAACUUUGUCACUUUCUUCCCCGCUGACCCCAGGACUCUGCGAGAAAACUCGACACUAUCUCACCUGUCUUGGCUCUUUGGUAUUGACGAAGCUCACACUAUGUUAAUUUGCACGAUCGAAUAUCUUUAUUUGGAACACAUGGAGUCUCUCAGAACAAAUCUGCUAACUUCGCUUGAUCAGGUUCAAGUGCAAUUUCGAGACUGGAUGAAACAUAGUUCGGUUCGAAAAUUACUACCAGCUACUUUCCUCCAUAUGACCUAGGUUAAUAAAGCGACCGCGUGUCAUCGCCGCUGGCGCAAGGCUUCAACAUUGCCAGCGUUUCUCAUUACCAUGCUUUCCAUAAGUGGCCCACAUGUCAGAACCAUCCGUCGUUCUCCCAUGCAUAUGGCCCUCCAAGUUCCCCUGCUCCAUCGUACAGGUUCAAAGGCUUGAGGAUGGCCAAAAAUCCUUACACGAACGCGCCGCCAGUUCCUUCCUCCCCGAAUGGCUCGGUAAAGGAGCCGUUCUUUGGCUUCAUCCCUCGCAAAGUCGCAGCAAAGGAUGCUCGGAGAGUCAUGGGUGGAGACAUCAAUCCUUUUACAAAGCAGCCUUUCACCCCUCAGUACAAGAAGAUCCUGGAAGUGCGCAAGAAGUUGCCAGUGUACACACAGAUGGACGAGUUCUACAGGAUGUUCAACGAACAUCAGAUUAUCGUGAUGGUUGGAGAAACAGGUUCAGGGAAGACGACACAAAUACCUCAGUUCGUCUGCUACUCUGAUCUACCGCAUACGAGGGGGAAGUUGGUAGCGUGUACACAGCCUCGUCGAGUGGCAGCCAUGUCCGCAGCAAAACGUGUUGCUGAUGAAAUGGAUGUACCCCUCGGGAGGCAGGUUGGUUACUCUAUCCGUUUCGAGGAUAUGACCGAAACGGGGACCACUUUCCUCAAAUACAUGACCGAUGGUAUGCUUCUGCGAGAAGCCAUGAAUGACCCCGAUCUUUCUCGUUACUCCACCAUCAUUCUUGAUGAAGUGCACGAGCGCACCCUAGCCACUGAUAUUCUCAUGGGUCUCCUCAAAGUUCUUGCCAGACGCCGGCCUGACCUCAGAAUAAUCAUCACGUCCGCAACACUGGAUGCCCUGAAGUUCCAGAGGUAUUUUGGAUUGAAGAAGGACAAGCCGGCGCCUUUGUUUCAAGUUCGUGACAGAGCACAUCCUAUAGAGGUAUUCUAUACUCAGGAGCCAGAGCCCGAUUACGUCGAGGCGGCGAUUCGGACCGUGCUCAUGAUUCACCGUGCGGAGGAACCUGGUGACAUACUGCUGUUCUUAACUGGUGAGGAGGAGAUCGAAGAUGCCUGCAGGAAGAUCAAGCUCGAGGCCAAUGAUCUUCUCAACCAGGACCCGGAUUCUGUUGGUCCCCUCGUUUGCAUCCCCCUCUAUUCGUCGCUCCCUCCACAACAACAACAACGGAUCUUCGACCCUGCGCCAGCUCCUCGUACGCCUGAGGGAGCACCCGGCCGCAAAGUCGUAGUCUCUACCAACAUUGCCGAAACUUCACUCACGAUCGACGGAAUUGUUUAUGUCGUCGAUCCUGGAUUCUCAAAACAAAAGGUGUACAACCCAAGGAUACGUGUUGAGUCCUUGCUUGUGUCACCAAUUUCGAAGGCAUCCGCACAACAGCGUGCAGGACGUGCUGGUCGUACACGUCCUGGGAAGUGCUUCAGGUUGUAUACGGAGAAGGACUUCAUGACUGAGUUGGAGGAGCAGACACAUCCCGAGAUUCUGAGGAGUAACUUGGCGAAUACCGUGCUGGUGUUGGUUAAGCUGGGUAUCAAGGAUUUGGUACGGUUUGGUUACGUUGAUACACCCGCACCGGAGACUUUGAUGCGAGCGUUGGAGCUAUUAAAUUACCUCGCCGCGUUAGAUGAUGAUGGAAAUCUGACUCCUCUUGGUGCAAUUAUGGCAGAGUUCCCAUUGGACCCACAGAUGGCGAAGAUGCUAAUUGUCAGCCCGGAGUUUAAAUGCAGCAACGAAAUUCUUACGAUUGUGGCCAUGUUAUCUGUUCCGAAUGUCUGGUUGCGUCCUGUGAACAAGAGGAAGGAAGCGGACGCUGCGAAACAAAUGCUUACCGUGUCCGAUGGUGAUCACUUAACAUUGCUCAACGUCUAUAAUCACUAUGCACAAAAUAUGCAUGACAGGAAUUGGGCAUGGAACAACUUCCUAUCACAACGAGCACUUGCUGAAGCAGAAAAUGUCCGCUCUCAGCUUCAACGCAUCAUGGAGCGUUUCGACAUCGAUCUCAUUUCAACGCAGGACGAGAGGACGCUCUACACAUACAUUCGCCAAGCGCUUGUCUGUGGCUACUUCAUGCAAGUUGCGCAUAAGGAGGGCGAGAAGAAUGCGUACCUGACAGUGAAGGACAACCAGGUCGUCGCAUUGCAUCCUUCAUGCGGAUUGGACUCGAGACCUGACUGGGUGAUCUUCAAGGACUUUGUACUAACGACAAGACCGUACAUCCGUACAGUGACUGCUGUCAAAGCUGAAUGGCUUCUCGAAUACGCGGCGAACUACUUCGACCUUAGUACACUCCCGAAUGGCGAGACGAAACGCGCAUUGCAAGCGGUCGCCAAGAAACGUGCUGGUGGCUCAAGGUCGCAGUCAAAUGAGGUCGAUGAGAGGAAGUCACUGUGGGACGAUGCGAGCCUUGCAAGCUCAAGUUCGAUCUCGAUGGGCCAAGGAAAUGUUGAAGAUACUCUUGAGUCCGUAAUGCAGGGUUUCGGACGCAUGGGCAUCGACAACAGGGUUCCGGAGCUCCGUGACACGUCUGCAGCUUUCUGACAGUACUUACAAACGUUGGCCGGCGGGAAGUUGGCACCAAGACGCUUCCCCGACCAAUUCGAUGGUUUGGUUUCCUUCAUGAACUAUAUAACUGACUAUCCGCUUCCCAGGCUCGUUUCGGACUCGCAGUUUGAACCACAAAAUCUAUGUAAUUUUACGGCUUUUCAAAGAUUGAUAUGUUCUACUUGUGCUCCGGACGAUCGUUCUCUGUCAGGAUUCCAGUUUCGACAUGAUGAUUGGGACAUGUACAUGCAGUUUUACAGAUUUGCGGAGCAUACAUGGAAACCCGUUGAGAUUGCCAGUGAGUUGAAACAGACAAUCUCCUCGGCAUGAAAGCAUGGGAUAGAAAAUGGGACAUCACAGCGUGUAGAGAGAUAUGCGUAGCUAGGAUGACUGAGUUGCGGCAAAAGGAUCCUCAGGCAUAACUGAAUAUUCAUGUUCCUUGAUUGGAGAAAACCAUUGCAAAGAAGGGGAGAUGUCAUCAUCUUUAC